GUGACAGCGUCUGACCGUGUCCUCUGUGUGCCGUCCUCCCCUCCUCUCCGCACUCUCCAUUCCCGCCCCCAUUCCCCCCGUAGUUUGAGGGAAGAGACGGACAUGGUUGAAAACUCUCCAGCCCCACUGCCGGAAAGGGCAAUAUAUGGAUUUGCUCUUUUUUUAGGAUCGUGGUUUGGCUUCAUGUUGUACCUCAUCUGGGCUUAUGUUCCCGAGACUUGGCUGUUCUCACUGGGACUAACAUACUGGCCUCAAAAAUACUGGGCAGUUGCUUUGCCGGUGUAUCUACUGGUUGCUGUAGGAAUUGGUUAUAUAUUACUUUUUGGUAUUAACAUGAUGAGUACAGCUCCACUUAACUCCACACAUACUAUUACAGAUAACUAUGCAAAAAAGCAGCAGCAGAAGAAAUUCCAAGAAGAAGCAAUUCCAGCACUGAGGGAUAUUUCCAUCAGUGAAUAGUUUGCUAUUUUUUUCCACCUGUGUUUGAAGAAAAAACCCAAACCUGCUAGGUGUUGCGGGUAGGAGAAAAAUACCUUCUUAAGAAAGGCAAAAAUACAUUUCAACAUUUCACUCUGAAAUGGUAAAUUUUAGGUAUAUUGUUGUUUGGGGACAUUUCACAAGAGUGAGUGUUUGUACAUAAGCCUGAUGACUGCAGAUUGGUACAAUGUUUGUUUGAUAGUUAUAGGCAUGGUUGUGAACUUUUGUUUUUCAGUUUGCCCCCAGUUGCUAUUGUUUCCCCCUCCUGCCAUGCUUUUGCCCUUCUGUUAAUUUUAAUUUAUGUGCUCAAACAUAUAUGGGGUGGAUUCAAGAUUUUGUGAUCAACAGACAUGAAGGUGUAUUUACUCUUGUGAAUUCUGUAAUGUUGUAGACACUGAACUAUUGGCUGUAAUUUUUUUUUUUGUGUAAUUUCUACUUGUGUUCUGCAUUCCUUUUGCUUUCUGAGAAGGCAAUUUCGGUUUUAAUUCUAAAUUGACAGCAAGUGAAGGCCACGUUUCUGGUAUCAUUUGAUGUAGGGAUUAAUUUAGUCCCCUGUUAAGGAUACCCAAAUCCCUUCAGGAUAAAGAAAAGCUACUGGAAAAUGCCCUCAAGCCCUGAAAGCACACAAAUUAAAGGACUGUAAGCCUUCGACAAAGAUUGUAUCAGUGAUGAAUCUGCCAUUUCAUUUAACUGCAGACUUCACAAUUAUGGGAAAACUAACAGAGGUACUUAAGUGAGUAGGCAAAGUGGGGCCAUUUGUUUAAGUAAAACUUGCAGGCAUGAAACUCAAUCUUUGCUUUUCUAUCACUACUGUGUAGUGGUGCUUCAAAGGCACUGUAGUGACCUUUUCUUCAACUUAAGAGUAAUGUUUGACACUUCAGAAAUUGCCUCUGUGAUCAAAAUAAAGCCAGUUGUCUAAAAAAAUCUGUUGUUGUCAUUGGGCUAACAAAUGCAUUGUAGGGAAUUGCAGGUAUUUGGGAUCCGUCAUUUCACUGUCUUGCCUGUGACUGUGAUUAAGGAAAAGAUAUGCAACUCUGCUGGCAAAAAGAAGAGAGAGUCACCCUUUUGUAAAUGUACAGCACACUUACAGCUGUAGUUAUUUAGUGGGUUUUAUAUAGACUUUGCCUUAAAUAUUAUUCAGAAAAAAAAAAAACCAAACCUGAAAUGAUUGAACUGUGUUGCUACUAGUGCCUUUCUUUACAAAACAUACCUGUUUACAGAUGGGAUAUCGGGUAUCCGUUCUUCUCAGAGACUGAAGAAAAACUAAAUAAAUAAAGGCAAAACCCUAAAUUUGCCCCCAUUUUCA